GACAGGAAACCGGCGUGAGCGGCCAAAGAAGGAGGAAAGUCAUAUUCAGGAGAAACGAGUAGAGAGCAAAAUCCAGAUAAAGGUGCGUGAUGCUCAUCCAGGCAGCCCCAAGCCCCCUGAUGAGGACCAAGGACAGCAGGGACUACACCAUGAACACUGGGUCCUGCCUGAGUACCAGCACCAUGGCCAUCCCCACCAUCACUGGCAGCAGUGCAGCCCUGAGUGCCUGCAGCAGCAGCAACACCAGUGCCCACCCUGCCAGCUCCACAGGGACCCACAUAUGCUGCCCAAAGAAGCAAGACAAAUCGAAGAAGAGGGUCAUCUGGGGCAUCGAGGUGGCUGAGGAGCUGCAAUGGAAAGGCUGGACGCUGGGGAAGGAGGUCACCAAGAACCUGACUCUGAAAAAUCUAUCCUUGAAAAUCCAGAAGGUGAAGUACAGGCCCCCCAAGACCAAGUUCUUCUUCACAGUCAUCCCCCAGCCCAUCUUGCUGAGCCCGGGCAUAACCUUCACGCUCCCCAUUAUCUUCCGGCCUCUGGAGGAGAAGGAGUACACAGACCAGCUGUGGUUUGAGAAAGCAGAGGGGAUGUUCUGUGUGGACCUGAGGGCCACCCUGCCAUGCCACAGUCUGAUCUGCCCACGAUCCCUGCAGUUGCCCAUGUGUGCCGUGGGGGACAUGGCUGAGGCCUGGUUCUGCCUGGAUAAUGUGGGGGACCUGCCCACCUUCUUCACCUGGGAGUUCCCCAGCCCGUUCCAGAUAGUGCCCACCACGGGGCUGCUGGAGCCAGGCCACUCCUCUUGCAUCAAGGUGACCUUUCACCCCGUCAUGGCCACCAUCUAUGAAGUUCAGGCCAUAUGCUGGUAUGGAGAGGCCAGCAAGCAGAAAAGCAGCAUCCAACUGCAGGCCGUGGCCAAAUGUGCCCAGCUGCUGGUGAGCAUAAAGCAGAAGCGACCAGAGGACCAGGAUGCUGAAGGCUUCCAGAAAGUGUUGCACUUCGGCUCUGUUGCUGUGGGCUGCACUGCUGAGAGGCAGAUCAAGCUCUAUAACCCUUCUGCGGUGAGCGCCCCCUUCAAGAUCGAAGUGGCCCCAGACGUGCUGGCCAAAGAUCACACCUUCUCAUGCCCCACGACCAAUGGCAUUGUGCUUCCAGGAGAGAAGAAAUUCGUGUCAGUGUUCUUUCACCCCAAGACCUUGGACGUCAGAACUAUUGACUACUUGUCCAUCAUGCCCUCUGGCUGUGCCUCCCACACCCUGCUCAAAGUCGUUGGUUUCUGUAGAGGUCCUGAGGUGUCCCUGCAGCACUGCUGCAUCAACUUCGGCUGGGUCAACCUUGGGGAGAACUUGGAGAAGUCCCUGUGGAUUGAGAACAAGUCAGACUGCAGAGCCUACUUCCAGUUUGCCAUUGACUGCCAAGAGAGUGUCUUCAACAUCAGACCUACCUUUGGGACCCUGGUGGGCAAGGCCCGCAUGACCUUGCUCUGCACCUUCCAGCCCACUCACCCCAUCAUCUACUCUCGGCGAGUGGCCUGUCUCAUCCACCACCAGGACCCACUGUUCCUGGACCUGAUUGGGACCUGCCACUCAGACAGCACCAAGCCAGCCAUCCUGAGACCUCAGCACCUCGCUUGGUACCGCACACACAUCGCUCGGGGCCUGACGCUCUACCCUCCUGACAUCCUGGGCACCAUGCUGAGGGAGAAGAAGCUGGAGCAGGACAAGAAUGGGGCCCUCAUGAUUCCUGCUGAGGACCGGGAGAACGUGUCAGCCCCACAGUGUCCUCCGAUCCCCCCCAUGACUGAGUAUGUCUUUGAUGGUACCGGCGACAUAGCCAUCUUCCCUCCGCCUGUCAGCAUAGAGCCCACUGAUGUGGAUUUUGGUGCCUGCCCCGGGCCUGGGGACCCCAACUCUGUCCCCCUGUGCCUGAUGAACCACACAAAAGGCAAGAUCACAGUGGUCUGGACACGGAGGUCUGACUGCCCCUUCUGGGUGACCCCAGACACCUGUGAUGUGCCUCCGCUCAAGUCCAUGGCCAUGCGCCUGCACUUCCAUCCGCCUUACCCUAACUGCUUGUGUGCUGUGGAACUGGAGGCCUUCGCUGUCUAUAAGGUCCUGCAGAACUACCAUAACAUCGAGGAGGACUGUACCGUGUGCCCCUCCUGGUGCCUGACCGUCCGCACACGAGGCCAUAGCUAUUACGCUGGCUUGGAGCACCACAUUCCUCAAUAUUCUCUGGAUGCCCCCAAGCUCUUUCCUGCAGUGUCCCCCAGCGAGCCCUCCUACCGCAGCCUGCUCUUGAUCAACAAAGGCUCCAUGCUAUUGACCUUCAACCUGGCCCCCCAGAGCACCUCAGACAUCUCCCUGCGGCCCAGCUCAGGCCUCGUGGCCCCCGGAGCCCACCAGAUCUUCUUUAUCUGUACCUACCCCAAGGGCAACUCUUGGAAACAGCACAUUUUCUACCUGCAGUUCAAUUUUUGUCCCCAAUAUCUCAAGGAGGUAAGCAUGCAGAGCCGGGAGGAGCCACUGCGGCUGAAUCUGGACACCUGUAAGAGCGUGUUCUUCAAGCCCACGUGGGUGGGCUGCUCCUCCACCAGCCUCUUCACCUUCCGCAACCCCUCGCGUCUACCCCUGGAGUUUGAAUGGAGGGUCUCCCAGCAACACCGAAAGAUGCUGGCCGUCCAUCCUGCUAGGGGACUUAUCCAGCCCAGUGAGAGCCUUACAGUGACGUGGACCUUCAGCCCUCUGAAGGAGACCAAGUACCUAUUCCGAGUGGGGAUGUGGGUCUGGGAAGCCGGUCUGCCCCCAGACACCAAGCCCUCCGCUACCACCCACUACAUGCUCCGGCUGGUGGGCAUGGGCGUCACCAGCAACCUCUCCGCAAAGGAGAAGGAGCUGGACUUCGGGAACCUGCUGGUAAACAGCAAGCAGUCCAGGUUGCUGGUGCUUUUGAAUGACGGCAACUGCACCCUGUAUUACCGUCUGUCCCUGGAGCAGUGCAGCCCUGAGGUCGUGGGCGACAGCCCCCUUGCUUUGGAAAUGGACCGCACAGAGGGGAGCAUGCCACCCCGGUCCCAGGACACCAUCUGCCUGACAGCUUGUCCCAGCCGCCGGUCCCAGUACUCCUGGAUUGUCAGCUACUCCCUCCUCUCUCACAGAGAUAACAAGGCUGGAGAGAAGCAGGAGCUGUGUCGUGUCUUCCUGACGGCUGUGUACCCCUUACUCUCCGUCCUGGAUGUCUGCUCCAUGGGCAGCGCCCAGGGCAUCACCCGGAAACACCUGUGGCGCCUCUUCUCCCUGGACAGGCUCAACAGUUACUUGGAGCGUGACCCCACCCCUGGGGAACUCACCUAUAAGGUGCCCACCCGGCACAGCACAAGCCAGAUCCCCACCAUCUUCACCCCUCUGAAGCUCGACUUCAAUUUUGGAGCAGCACCAAUAGAGGCCCGACCCUCCGUGGUGCUCCUGGCCCUGAAGAACACUGGAGUGGUGCACCUGGACUGGGCGUUCCUCUUCCCAAGUGACCAGCAGAUUGACCUGGAGCUGUGGGCUGAACAAGCAGAGCUUGACAGAACCGAGCUGCACCAAAUGCGUGUACAAGACAACUGCAUAUUCUCCAUCAACCCCAAGGCUGGGAGCCUGGGUCCUGGGCAAGAGCAGUUGGUGGAGUUCACAUACAGCCACCUGUUCAUUGGCACUGAUCGCCUUCCAGUGCUCUUCAAGGUGUCCUAUGGCCGUGAGAUCCUGCUAAAUUUCAUAGGUGUGACAGUGAAGCUGGAGCAAAAGUAUGUGCACUUCACCUCCACUAGCCACCAGUUCAUCCCUGUCCCCAUUGGUGACAGGCUGCCCCCAAGGCAGAUUUAUGAGCUAUAUAACGGUGGCUCAGUGCCUGUGACAUAUGAGAUCCAGACAAACAUCCUGUCUCAGGUUCAGGAAAACAAUUUUGAUCACCCCAUCUUCUGCUGCCUCAACCCCCAAGGGGAGAUCCAGCCAGGCACAACGGCUCAGGUCUUGUGGAUCUUCUCACCAAUUGAGGCCAAGACCUACACAGUGGAUGUGCCCAUCCACAUCCUAGGAUGGAACUCAGCCAUCAUCCACUUCCAGGGAGUGGGCUAUGACCCCCAUGUCAUGCGGGACACAGCCCCCUUCCACAACAUCUCCUCUUGGGACAACGACUCCAUACAUUCUAGGCUGAUGGUUCCUGGACAGAAUGUCUUCCUAUCCCAGUCUCAUAUCUCCCUGGGAAACAUUCCUGUGCAGAGCAAGUGCAGCCGCCUUUUGUUCCUCAACAACAUCUCCAAGAAUGAGACCAUUGUCUUUGAGUGGCAGCUGAAGUCUCUAGACUUUGGGGAGGUGUCUGUGAGUCCUAUGAGAGGGAAGGUGGCUCCUGAAGAGGGAAUCCCAUUCGUGGUGACCCUGAAGGCCUCAGUGCAUGCCAGCUUCUACAGCAUCGACCUAGUGUGCAAGGUGCACCAGCAGGAGCUUCUGAAUCAGUACCAUAAGGAGCUACAAAAGUGGAAGAGUGAGGAGGUGCGACAGAAAGUGGAAUUCACCAUCACUGAUAAGAAAGUAAAGAGAAGGGCAUAUUGUACAGCCUGUGAACCUGUGAGGAAGUACAAGACGCUGCCCCCCAUCAAGAAUCAGCAGCCUCUCAACCGGCCUGCCAGCUGGAAACUUAAGAUCUCAAAGGAGGAGACACCCUGGCUAUGUCCUCAGCCGCCCUCACCAACCAUGCUGUACUUGGGCCUCACUGCCCGUGCGCACGCCACCGACUACUUCCUGGCCAACUUCUUCUCCAACUUUCCCCACCACUUCUUGCACCGGGAGCUGCCAAAGAGGAAAUGCCCCAGGGAAGAGUUGGAGGCUUCUGAGGAAGGAUCCCCUGACCAGGGAGGCCCUGUCUCCAAGCAAGAGAAGCAGCUUUUGGUUGACUGUCUCACCACCAUCAUCAGGGGUCUUCUAGAAGACAAGAUCUUCCAUGAGGCCGUGAACCAAAGCCUGGUGGAGAAGAUACCUUAUUUCUGCCAGUUCUGGAGCGAGCAGUCAGCUAAGUUCAAGGCCCAGAACAACAGCCUACACUUAGUGCCAGUCCUGUCUCCAUCCUCCAGCAGCUGGGAGGAAGACGAAGACAAGGAGCAGAAGGAGGACAAACUGAGCCUGGGGAAGAAAGAAGAGGAGGAAGAGGAGGAGACAAGCGAAGAGGAAGAAGAGGAACUGGAGGAGGAAGAGGAGGAAGAGGAGGAUGUCGAAGAGGUGGAGGAGACAAUCAACGGGGGGCUGGAGGUGGAGGAGGUGGAGAAGGAAGAGAAGUUGCCCUUGAUUGAGCCUACACAGCCAGGCAUGUCCCAGGAAUCCCUGAAAUGGCGGUGGGAGCAGCAGCUGAAGGUCAUAAUGAAGGAGGAGCAAGAGCAGGAUGAGAAGGAGGCGAUCAGCCGUCUCCCGGCGUUUGCCAACCUGCAGGAGGCGCUGCUGGAGAACAUGAUCCGGAACAUCCUGGUGGAGGCGAGCCGAGGGGAGGUGGUGCUCACCUCCCGGCCGCGCGUCAUCGCCCUGCCGCCGCUCAGCGUUUCCAGGAUUGCGACUCCAGACUUGCUGGCGGCAGCAUCCCUCGGGCUGCAUCAAGGAGAGGUGCCCCUGGUGGCGCCGCCCCCUACCAACACUCAGCUGGCGUCGGCGCUUAGCCCCACGGACUUGCUGCCCUAAGGACCCCUCCCUCUCCACCGCCCGCCAGUAAAGCAUCUGGCCUUUUUAUUCCCCCCUGUA